UCUUUCAUCUGCAGCUCCCUCUGUUGAUCAAAUGCAUCUGAUCUCAUCAAAGCAGACCCUCUGCUCAUUCAAGUCCCAGCAGACACCCCGGCUUCUUUACUAAGCACUAUUUUGCAUUCAUGUUUGAAUUCCAGCGAUGGGAUGGGAUAUCUUGUAGACUUUAAUUUUGUGUGGUCCUACGUUGCAGCCUGGGGUUAUUUUUUUAUAUCUUUUGUUUUACUUUGAAUAUUAUGUUUGAUAAAGUCAAAUCUUCAGAGUUAAAAUGAAAGAACAAAGCUGCUAAUUCAAACAAAAACCCCCAAAAUGUGGAUUCAGAACUCUGAGCUGCAGCUUUUCCUGCAGUCUCAGUAAACUGUUCUAUAAGGUUAUUUUAUAUUUUCUCUCUGAUUGAAGGAAACCUUUGUUUUAUUGUUGUAAAUGAGCGUUUUUAUGGCUGGAAAGAAGUGAUUGCAGCGUGUUGUGGAUGAAAAUGUGAUAUUGUGGGAUUAUGCUUCCAAGUGUGAUUGCAGUCUUAUUCUGAUUGCACAUCGUCUGCGGCUGCUGUCAGGCUGCAGAGAAACUGGCUCCAGUCGAGGGACAAGAGGAGCUGGGAGAGGGAAAAGCAGACCUGGAUAACGGAGGAGUCACCAGCAAAAACUUCUUUUCUGUCUUUAUUUGGAUGUGGAGCGAUGAAGUCUCGUGCGUAAAAUCAACAUGCGCCGAUUUUUAUGACUUUUUAUGACACAAAAAGCAUCCAUGAUGAUUAGGAGGAGUUUUUCGGCCACUUUACGUUUUUACUGAGAAAAAUCUGAACGUUUGAAUAGCAGUUGAAAGCUUAAAAUGAUGUAAAAUUAUAUUUUUCAUCUAUACAUUUUGUUGCGUUUAAAUGUAAGCCAUAUGAGCAACAGAACGGAGGUUUAACCGCGCGUCUGUGCGUAAUGGCUCCGUGCUCCAGUCCGGAUUUUCCAUGCGAGGGGCGCCGGAGCCCUGGAGGUGGAUAAACUGGUAGAGCCCGCUCUCUCUCAUGCCAUGCUGGGCCACAAGGCUCCAGGAGACGCUGCUACAUCUCACUGAGAACCGGGAUGGAGGAGAAGCGGAGGGGGACGAGAAAAAGUUUGGUUUAAAGCUGGCAGAGCAACUUUUACCAUGAAGCCGCGCUGAUUCCUGCUGCAGCAGCACCAGGCUGGGAGAACAUUUGUUUUACUGCGGAGUUUAUUUUUCACCUCCAGCCUUUUUGCCUCUCUCCUCUUGUUUUAUUUCUGAGUGAGAAGCUGGUCGGGGCUUGCUGUCACUGCGCGCUGAGAUGCUAGAGUGACGAUGGCUGCGCAAGUGGCAUCGGUUCCGACCAGAACUAAUAAUAAAAACAAGAAACUAUCCGGCGGGUUGGGUCCGGAGCUCAGUUCGGGGAAAUCCGAGAGAGGAGGGACCGCGCCGCGGAGUGGAGCGACGCUGGGCGCAGAUGGAACUCUGAAUAAUGUAGACCAUCACCGCCGAACCGAGCUCAGCAUGGUCCAUUCAACUUCUACGACUCUCCUGGGUCCGGACGGUCACGACAAGGCUGCGUCGAACCCAAACCCCAGCGCCAUGGAUGCGGGUCUGAUCGCGAAGCUAAAGUGCGCGGGGAGCGGAGAGCCCCCCCAGUCUCAACCGGCGCAGCAGCCUCCGCAGUUCGGCCAGUUUGCGCCUCACCAGCAGCGGCAGAUUCAUAGUAACAACACCGUGAGCAACAACGGUCAGCCCCCCCGCGGGGACAGGAGCGUGGAUCAUCAACAUCACGGUGGUAAGGAGAACCUGUUGGGGGGACAGGGGGAGGCACAGCAGCAGCACGCGCCGGGGAAAGGUGAGGGGGAGCUCACCUGUAAGCCCGCCGAGAGGAUGAUGACCUCCAGGUUCGAACACUCUAACUUGGGGCCACCUGGCAACAACUCUGAGUUUAAUAACAACUAUUACCCCCCCAGGCCGUGUUAUGACCAACAUGGCGGGCAGCAGCAGCAAGGCGGCGGGAUGGGGAUAUCGCACUCCACGGCUCAUAACAGCAUGGAGAACUCCCAUGAAGCAGGGUACCACAACAGCCAAUAUAACCAGUACCCAGGGUACCGCGCGGGCUACGGCGGCGGGGCCUACGGGAUGAUGGCCCCCUCUGGAUGCAGGCAGCCAGGUAACAUGAUGAUGGGCAGCAACUCUUCGGCAGUGCACGUAAAGUCUCCCCUGGGAGCCUCGGGAGGCUUUCAGAGGUACCCGGGACAAACUCCGCAGCCGCAGCCGCAGCAGCAGCAGCAUCCCUCAGGGGCCACGCCGACCCUCAACCAGCUGCUCACGUCCCCCAGCCCCAUGAUGCGGGGGUAUGGAGGAGCAUAUCAAGACUACAGCGGCUCCACGCCUCAGCAGCAGGCCGGCAUUGGUCUGGGGAAGGACGUGGGGUCUCAGUAUGGAGCCACCUCGACCCACUGGGGAGGGCAGCAGAGGAGCCACCCUCUCUCAAUGAACCCAGGAAACGGCGGACAAGGCCUCAGCAGGACGCAGGUGUCCUCCAUGGACUUCAUGGCGAUGAAGCGCAGUCAGAUGUACGGCAUGGCCAACAACCCCUACUCCAACCCUCAGCAGCCAGGGGGUGGGCCAUACCCCUCCAACCAGACGUAUGCAUCACCUCCUCCACAUCGAUAUCCAAUGAGCAUGCAGGGGAGGAGCCAAAUGGGCAUGGGAGGAAUACAGUAUCAACAGCAGGUGGCGCCGUAUAGCCAACAGGCAAUGGGGGGCUUCAGCCAGCAGCAGCAAGGGGGGCAACAGGGAACCCCUCCAUACUUCAGCCCCCCUCAGCAGACCCCUACAGGCCCAUCGCAGAGCUCCUACCUGCAGCCUCGGCCACUGCCUCAACAGGAGGCCCAGCAGGAAACCUACAGCAUCAGAGGUCCAGGGAAUUCGGGGAAGCCCAAUGAGGAUGGCGUUCCACACGAUCGCCCCUCCAGUCUGCCGGAUCUGUCUGGCUCCAUUGAUGACCUCCCCACUGGGACAGAGGCCGGUCUGGGCCCAGCCGUUGGCGCUGGCGGAUCCUCCAACAGCAGCAGUAGCGGCAGUAGCCAAGGGGAGCAGGGAGGCACCGGUAACCAGGGACAGUCCCCCUUUUCUCCUCACGCCUCCCCUCACCUUCCCAGCCAGAGGAGUGGGCCUUCUCCUUCCCCUGUGGGCUCACCGGCGGGCUCCACUCAAUCCCAGCAGUCCAGAUCCGGGUCGGGACCCAUCUCUCCUGCCAACAGCACUGCUCCAGGUUCAACGAUGGCUCCUCAGAGCUCCGGAAAUGGGCCAGAUGGAGCCCACCUGCCAAUCACACGCUCACCUAUGGCUCAGGAGAGAGGGUACAUGCAGAGGAAUCAGUCUGGAUCUCAGUUUGCACCUCCACAGUCUGGACCUCCAAUGUCCCCCCACCCAUCCCCAGGAGGUCCGAUGUAUCCCAGUAUGGGUCCGUUCUCCCAGAGUGGUCCAACGGGCUCUUAUGGACCUCAAGGACCCCAAUAUGGACACCAAGGAAGCUACCCUCGGGCCUCUAACUACAGCGGGACAGUGAGUACCAGCUACAGCAGCCCCGGUCCCGGCAUGACCAACAGUCUGGGGAUGAACGCCACCAGCCCCAUGCACGGUCAUGGUCCAGGCAGCCAGAGUCGGGGGUACCCAACCAUGGGUCCCAGUUCCCCCAGCAUGCCACAGCCAGCUGGACCGGGGAUGGGCCCUCCAUCUUUGGGUAGCUCUAACCGAAAGGCCCACGAGGGAGCAGCAGCUGGGAUGGUGGGAUCUGCCAACUCGGUUCACAGCAGGCAGGGACACUACCAGAGCCCCAGCAUCAACGUCUCCUACACUCAGCCGUUGAGCAACAGCGGCUCAGCCACAGGAAACGGACAGGGUUACAACAUGCCACCUUCAGGAGCACUCGGACACUCGGGCGACGCCAUGACGAGCCCUCACUGUAAACCGAAGCUGGACGUCAAAGACGACGUCAGCCCAAACAACGAGCCUCACAAACCAAAGCUCCAGGAUGGUUACAUGAACAACAACAGCAGCAGUGCGUCCCAGCCAGCCACUCCAGGCGGUACCCUGCCCGUGCCCUCCCCCCUCUCCCCCAGCCCCGCCAGCCUGUCCUCCUACCACGGAGACGACAGCGACAGCAUCAGCAGCCCACCGUGGCCUCUCAAGACUCCCUCCAGCCCCAAAGUCAACCCCAACUCCGCUUCGGUCCGCGGCGAGCGAAUCAGCCGGCUGUUCGAGCUGGGUGCAGAGCCGGAGAGGCGGGCCUGGGUGGAGCGGUACCUGACCUUCAUGGAGGAGCGGGGCACACCUGUUUCCCAGCUCCCAGCUGUGGGCAAGAAACCGCUGGACCUGUGGAAGCUCUACGUGGCCGUCCGGGAGAUUGGAGGCCUCGCCAUGGUAAACAAGAACAAGAAGUGGCGUGAGCUGUCCGGCACCCUCAACGUCGGCACCUCCAGCAGCUCGGCCAGCACGCUGAAGAAGCAGUACAUCCAGUUCCUGUUUGCCUACGAGUGUAAGAUGGAGCGAGGGGAGGAGCCGCCGGCCGACAGCAACAGCGGCGGCAGCACGACCGAUGGGGACAACAGGAAGCAGGUCAAGAUCCAGCCGCCCUCACCUGCCAACUCAGCUGGCUCUCUCCAGGGACCACAGACGCCCCAGUCAUCUGGCAGCAGCUCCAUGGCAGAGGCGGCAGGUGACCUGAAACCCCCCACACCUGCCACCACCCCGCUGGGACAAGUCACGCCGCUGCUCCCCAACAGGAGCAGCGUGAGCGUGCAGGACCCCUUCUCAGAGGUGAACGACCCAGCCUUUCAGAAGCGGACCUCCAGCCUGCCCCCCUCAGCUCCCUAUCAGCCGGGCCUCAGCAUGCCUGACAUGAUGAUGAGGAUGCAGUACGACGCCAAGGACCCCUUUGCAGGGAUGAGGAAGAUGGCCGGAGCGGAUCCCUAUAUACCGAGCCAGAUGCCCAGCGGAGGCAUGGCGGACAUGUAUGGACGUCCGCCGUCGGGCCUGAGUAUGAGUCAGAGGUCACAGUAUCCAUACGGGCCAAGCUAUGACAGGAGACCGGAUCAUAUGAUGGGGAUGGAAGGGACCAUGGGUCCCCCUGGAAGUCAGAACAACAUGGGACACUCGAACAGCGAAGGCAGCAUGUACUCUCCCAGCAGAUACCCAUCACAGCAGAGACAUGACGGUUACGGCCAACAGUAUCCCAGCAUGCCAUAUGGGAUGCCUCCGUCUGGAAUGUACUCACAACAACAGGGCUACAAGCGGCAGAUGGAUGGGAUGUACGGACCCCCGCCCAAGAGACACGAGGGUGACAUGUACGCCGUGCAGUACACCAACCAGCAGCCAGACGCGUAUAAUCACUACAGCAGUGGCUACUCGGGUCCGGAACACAGGCCGAUUCAGGGACAGUUCCCUUACCCCUACCACCGAGAUCGUAUGGGCCCAUCGGGCCAGAACCAGCACACAAUGAUGGGCGGGGCUCCUACUCCUAAUCACGCUGCUGAUGGGCCUAAUAUGUGGCCUUCAAGAACGGACCUCGGCUAUCCCUACCACAACAGACAAGGUCCGCCGUCGCAAAUACCGCCGUAUGGCUCCAUUUUCAGAGAUGACAUGGACGGACGGCCCGGCCAGGACCAGUGGCACCGCCAGUCUCCCUACCUGUCUUCAUCAGGCGGCAUGCCCCCUUUGUCGUCACGUCAACCAUCAUCUUAUUCCAACUCCCCAUCCAUGGUCAAUCAUCUGCCCAGAGCCCCCAGCCCAGGGCCCUUCCAACGCUCAAUGGACCCUCGAAUGUCCCCCAGUAAAGCCUCGUUCAUGUCUCCCAUGAAGAUGCCUAAGCCCGGACUGGCUAUGAUGGGCUCACAGGGAAGUGGGCCCAUUGGUCAGUUUCCUCCUAACCUGAGGAGGGACCUGAAUUAUCCGCCAGGGUGCGUGGAGUCCACCAUGCCGAUUCUCAAGCCUCGACGCAAGCUCAACUCUAAGGACUGUGGAACACCCGAAGCCUGGCGUGUGAUGAUGUCACUUAAGUCUGGCCUGCUGGCAGAGAGCACUUGGGCUUUGGACACCAUCAACAUCCUUCUGUAUGACGACAGCACAGUGGCCUCUUUCAACCUCUCCCAGUUGCCUGGGUUCCUCGAGCUCAUUGUGGAGUACUUCCGCCGCUGCCUGAUUGAGAUUUUUGGCAUCUUGGAAGAGUUUGAGGUUGGGACAAUGGUUCUUAAAAACCAUUUAGACUCUGAUUCCGAUGAAACAAAGGAGCCUGCCCCUGAUCAGGGAACAUGUCCGACCACCCUACCUGGAUCCGAAGCCUCCGUAGUAGCAGGAACGGAGGUGGAGCAGACGGGGAGCACUGAGAAGGAAGCUCCCCCCGUUGCUGCAGAGCCUACGGAGGUGCAUGGCAAGCAGCAGGAAGUAGAUGCAGACAUCAAAAAGGAGGACACGAACGAAUUAAAAUUGUCAGAGAGAGAAAAAGAAAGUAAAAAGGAGUUUUCGGACCAUCAUUCUGCAGAUUUAGAGCCUAAACCUAAACAAGCCAGCAAAUAUGACAAACUCCCCAUCAAGAUCGUGCACCAAGACGACCUGAUGGAGGACCUGACCGAGCAUCUAGGCUACCAGACUGAGUUCACCAGUGGGCUGCUGCAUUGGCAGGCAGGUGGAGGCGACUCCACCGCACACAUCCAGACGCACUUUGAACUGCAGAGCGAUCCACCUGCCCGGGCACACAAAAACACAAGGAACGAGAACAAACAGGAGAAGCAGGCGGACGGCAAAGGCCAGAAAGCGCUGAAACAUAUAACUGCAACUAUCGAUGAUGUUUUGUGUGCCAGGGUGGAAGCCCUGUCUCACUCCCAUCCUGCACGCUCCCUGCCGUCUUACCCUUUUCGGGUGCAUCCCGACGGGGAGGAUAACCACAUCACCCUUCUGGAGGAUGAGCCCCGCUGUCUGGACGAGGCUCCUCUCUCUACGACCUCUGCCUGGCAGGAGUCGCUGUCCAAGAGGUGCCUCUGCGUCUCCAACAUCGUCCGGAGCCUUUCCUUUAUCCCUGGGAAUGACAUGGAAAUGUCACACCACCCUGCGCUGGUUCUUCUUCUGGGUAGGCUGCUGCUGCUGCACCAUGAGCACCCGGAGAGGAACAGGUCCCCCCUGAGCUAUCAGCGAGAUGAGCAGCAGGAGCAGGGGCUGUCGAGCAGCAAAGACGAGUGGUGGUGGGAGUGUUUGAGUCUGCUCAGGGAGAACGCCAUGGUCACACUCGCCAACAUGGCAGGCCACCUGGACCUGUCAGCCUAUCCAGACACCAUCUGCCUCCCCAUCCUGGAUGGCCUUCUCCACUGGAUGGUUUGCCCCUCUACUGAAGCCCGGGAUCCCUUCCCGUCAGCGCCGUCACAUUCCCAGCUCACUCCUCAAAGGCUGGUGCUCGAGUGCCUCUGCAAGCUGAGCAUCCAGGAUGGAAACGUGGACCUCCUGCUGGCCACGCCGCCUUUUAGCAGGCAAGAGAAACUUUUUGCAGUCUUGGUGCGCUACGUGGGUCAGAGGAAGGCACAGGUGUACAGAGAGAUGGCUGUGGCUGUUCUCUCCCACCUGGCACAGGGAGACCCAACAGCAGCACGGGUCAUCGCCUUGCAGAAGGGCAGCGUGGGUAAUUUGGUAGCCUUCUUGGAGGACGGAGUCAGCAUGGCGCAGUAUCAGCAGAACCCUCACAGUUUGCUGCACAUGGGGCCCGCUCCUUUGGGCCCCCCCAGUGUAAACAUGAUGUCGAGAGCAGCUAAAGGUCUGCUGGCCAUGGCUAAGGUGGACGAGAACAAGACCGAGUUUGUUUUGUACGAAAGCAGAUUGUUGGACAUCUCCAUUUCCUCGGUGCUCAACACAGGAGUGGUCGCCAUCGUUUGCCAAGUUCUCUUUCACUUAGGGAAACUAUGACAGGAGAGGAGCUGAACUCGCACAGCAGACGCCAACGCUAAAACUGCUCCUGUGGUUUUCUAUUUUUAUUUAUUAAAACGACAGAAAAUGUUUGUGUUUUUUAAAAGAAAUAUCCACAUUAAUUAACUAAAUAUAUAUAUAAAUGUUGGGCAUCUGAGCCCUGUCAGACGAAACAUGUGGGUUUAAAAGUUCCUUUUAAUACAAACAAUGAAUACCUGUAGCUGUAGUUGUUUAUUAUUAUUAUUAUUAUUAUUAUUAUUAUUAUUAUUUGCUAUUGUUGGUUUACUUUUUCAGCCAAAGCUGCCACCAGGUGUUGGUCCUGAUUUACGUCUUUUCUUUUACAAAUAUGCUCAUCCUCGUUUUAUUGAUGAAGCGUAUUCGUUUAAAACGUGACACUGUACAGUAGUUUGGACUUUUUUGCCACCAGUUUGGGGGUGGGGGUGGGGGGGGGGGUACAACAAGAAAAAAAACUGACGUUUUAAAACUGAAAUGUGUAUGUCUCCAUCGCUGGAAGAUAGAUUGUGCAAUAGGACCAGAGCAAGUUGUCCCUUUUGAAACCAGAAGGAUGUGAAGCUUCAGACAGCUGUAGUGUGUGCUUCAGGCCACACGGAGGCAGUGUUGCACCAGCCAAUCAACAUAAAACAAGAGAACAUGUCAAGAAAAAAACAUGAAAAGAGGAAAAGGAUCUAAUUUAUGAAUGACAGCCUCAGAGACCUUCACCGAUGAACGUUGUGUUUCUGGCGCACUCGUGUUCUGUCUGUAUUUUUUCAUCACUGUAAAUAAACGUUUGUGCCACAGAUGCACAAAAUUCCCUCAGCCUCCACCACACAGCCGGAGCCGGGACUAUUAGAACAAAUGCUUUUAUUGUUGGUAAAAUUUGGUAUUGUUACUGUACAUAUUUUGUUAAUUGGGUCGAAUAUUUGAACAUUGCAGAUGUACCUGAUGUUUUAAUGUAAAGAAGUUCUUGUAUGCAUUGUAUUAUAGCUGAGAAAACAAUCGCUUUGGUAAUUAAAUGUGAAAGCGCCAGGGUGAGAAGAAAACAUGAGAAAACUGAACAUAUUUUCUUUUUGUUAUGGUCCUCCAUUCAUGUCAGCGGGUGUGUUUUUGAGCCUGCAUAAACCUCCGAAAGAAGCGUGAAAAAAAACUUCAAAAUGUCCUGAAAACUCGUCAAAUCUGCCUCUUUCUUUGGUACGACUCCUCGUCUUUUCUUCCAUAUUCACAUUUAUACUCUGUGCUGCACAUGUCACAAAUAAAUGUACGAUGAACGUUGUUGAGCACUGGAGACGUUGCAUUAUGUCCUGACAAUCCUAGGCCAAUAAACAAACAUCAGAUGCUUA